AUGCAUUAUCGAUCCGCUGUGGGGACUGAUCUGACUACAGACUGCUCCUGUCUAGGCUUGGGCAACCUGACAGCAGCUCAGUCCGUAUGCUUCCUUCAGGCGGUAUGUCAACUAGACACUCAAGGGAUAUUACAGCAACCUUCGCUACGACAAACUUCCCUGUGGCUCCUGAUGAGUCUCUUAUGCGGGCGUCCUACCAUAACAGUCGGGAGAUUCGAACGCGUUUCAAAUAACAUCUCGUUUACACGACUGAAACAUGAGGCGGCCUGGUGCAGCACAUUCAGUUGCCUGGGAACAUCACAAACGAGAGAUUCAGUUGGGUUCCAGGUAGACAGAAUGAUUUCCGCUUGCUGCGCAUUCAUGAAGUACAUUAAAUCGAUAAAAGAAACUACUCACAAGGUUGCUAAAACCUCUUCGACAGCUCAUGACCGGUUUCGCCCUACCAAUUCUGGCUCAUCAGAUAGUCGCAGUCCCCUAGUUUCCGUCAACCUUAUGUUCUACUUGAACCCAAAUUGGACUAACUACACUCAUUUACAAAGCAAUUUGUUCUUCACGAGAGGCCCAACUGAAUCUCGCGUUUAUGCUAUCCUACAACUGAAUGUGUUGCACACAGGCCGCCUCAUGUUUCAGUGGGCACGAUAUUCGGAAUAUCGCAGUAUUUUUCAUAAAGGAAACUGCUCACAAGGUUGGUGGAAACUCUUCGACAGCCCACGACCGGUUUCGCCCUUCCCAUUCGAGCUCAUCAGGGUGCAACCAAGAUGGUCCCUCGCGGCUUUUUGGGCGGAUGGCCCAAGUACAGACUACUGA